GCAGCACAAUCAGAGUGCAGAAAAUUUGAUAUCGAGAUGAAUUCUUGCCAUACAUUUCCAUAUUAUCCCAGCAAGCGUCAGCAAACAUAGUCUGAGCUUUGCAGCGGUGUGGGACAAAAUCGCGCCCUUUCUAUGUAGAGGAAGAUUUGCGACGGCAGGAUGAAUACGCCCGAACUCCGUGAUAUGGAUGCCUUGAUGAAGACCACGAUGUACUAGUGGAGUAUAUAAAACCUUCUCUGCUGCUCGAUGAAUAUCGUGCUCUAACCACAUCUUUCAAGCAGAUACUCAAUACCACAGCAUGGCACUAUCCACACCUCCCCAACUCAAAGUCCUUAUCAACGGCGCCGGCAUCGCAGGCUCAUGUCUAGCAUACUGGCUCACAAGAGCGCGACUCAAUGCUUCCAUCACAGUUCUCGAGCGCUCCCCCUCACCCCGAGUAACAGGCCAAUCAAUUGAGAUCCGCGGUACAGCCAUUUCCAUAGUUGACAAGAUGAACUUGCUGCCAGAAGUACUCGCACGCAACACAACCGAACAAGGCACCCGCCUCGUCAACGCCUCCAACAAGAUCAUCGCCGAAUUCGGAAAAGGCGAGGCAUUCACAUCCGAGUACGAAAUCCUACGCGCAGAUCUCUGCGGUAUCUUCCUCGACGCAACACGCAAUGCGCCAAACGUACAGUACCAAUACGGCGACCACGUGACCAGCGUCUCGCAAACCUCCGACAAAGUAAACGUGCAAUUCCACAGCGGUACCACCGACUCUUUCGACCUCAUUGUCGGCGCCGACGGCUCCACCUCGCGAAUCCGCUCGAUGGUGCUGAGCGACGAGGCGCAGAAGAACUGCUACAAUUUCAUCGGCCAGUACAUUGCGUACUUCAGCAUCCCUCGUAUACCAUCUGAUACAAACCACUGGUACUGGUACAACGCACCCAAGGGCCUCGCCCUCAUGCUCCGUCCGCACCGCAACGACAGGACAGUGGGAUGCUACAUGGGCGUCACGACGCCCGCGCACGGCCACCGUGAUCCAGCCGCCGAAAAGGCAAUGGAAGGGGGACCGCAAGCCCAGAAAGAGUUUUUGACCGAGUACUUCAAGGAUGCAGGGUGGCAGGCCCAACGGAUAUUAAAGGGAAUGCAUCGUAGUGACGAUUUUUACAUGAGUCGGUCGGCGUACGUCAAGUUGCCUACGUGGACGAACCACCGCGCUGUGCUGCUCGGUGACGCAGCGCACGCGACGUUUGGGAGCGGGACGACGCUUGCGGUGCAGGGCGCGUAUUAUCUGGCGGGUGAGCUGGGCAAAGUGCGGAGGAGCGAGGAUGUGCCGGAUGCGUUGAAGAGGUAUGAGAAGGUGUUUAGACCGGUUCAGGCGGUGGAUGGGACGUUACCGCCGGGAUUCCCGCAGAUGGCGUUUCCGCAAACGGAGUGGGGGCUUCGCUUGCGGGAUGCGAUUGCGUGGGCAGUGGCGAAGAGCAAGGUGUAUAAGUUGUUGCCGAAUGACAAGCCGGACGAGUCGCAGUUGCCGGUGUAUGAGUGGACGAGUAUUUAAGAAAUUCGUUGUGUUGAGAUGAAGCGAUGAAUUUGUUUUCUCUCAAUCUUGCUCUUUCGUAGAUAUAUGCUGUUUUUUAAUGAUAUCUUGUACUUAGCUUCAGCCGUACUUUCUCUGCACAUGAAUAAUAGAUAUUACUGC